AUGCGCAGCACUGGCAAGCUCUUGAUAUGGGACAGUCCAGCUGCUACCGGUGUGGCAAACAAAUCGAGCCUCAGGGCAAACCGCUUCGCCAUCAUGGCCGUUCUUGAACUCUGGGUCUCGACCUCUGCUGCUCCCAAGUCUCCACCCAUCAGGUGGUUGCGAGCAGAGGUGAAGCAGAUCCACCAGAUGUUGACUGCGACGCCCAGCAUAGUCAACCAGUACGUGGAUGAUUGGGGCUGCAAAAGAUUGACAUCAUGGUGCAUCCGCCGUUUUCGGACGGGCCAGGGGAACUUCCGAGAUUCGCUGCUCCAGCCCCUUAUGGACCUCAUGAGUGAGCACUGGGACCCGAGCGCGAAUGAUGAAGACGAUGACGACGACACACCCCCGCCUGCUGGACCUGCCGAGCACCAGGGCCUGAUGGGCAUGUGGGAGAUGAUGUGCCGGGAGGUCUUUACUCUGGAUGUGGACGAGGAUCCAUAUGGCUUCUGUGGUAGAGAUGAUGCAACGGUGCACUACUCUGCCCCUGCAAGCCCGGCUUCGCACCGCUCCUACUCUCCGGGCCCACCUUCGCCUCUGCUGCCAUCGCAUUUCGAGCCCGAGGAGCUGCCUGUGUCAGGGAGUACAGCAAAGCUUGAUGGUGCAGAGAUUUUGGAUGCAUCUCGUGUGGUGCCGAUCGCAACUCCCUUGCGCAACAUGGAAGCAGGCACUUUGCUUCGUGAUUGCACCGGCCCCCAGGUGGACACGGUGCCGGAUGACUUAUUCGAUGGGAGAGUAGAAUGCUUUGCUUUGUUGUCCAGCACUUCAGACAAUGCAGGCUCAGCAGCUUCCUAUCCCAUGAUGGCAAGUGAUGUGUCGAACUCAAGUGUUGUGCCACAUGCGCCGGCCUCCCCUGUGAUCCCAAUGUCUGCAUGUGCUAAUCAUGACCUAGCAAGCUCAGCAGCUUGCUGUCCUGUAGCGCCUCAUGCAAUUGAUGACACGAGCACAGCAGCUUCCUCUGCAAGUGAUGUGCCGAGUCACGGUUUCAGCUCAGAAGCUUCCCAUUCCGUGAUUCCCAAGGAUGUGUCUGCAAGUGAUGUGCCGAGUCAUGGUUUCAGCUCAGAAGCUUCCGAUUCCGUGAUUCCCAAGGAUGUGUCUGCAAGUGAUCUGCCGAGUGACGGUUUCAGCCCAGAAGCUUCCCCUUCCAUGAUUCCCAAGGAUGUGUCUGCAAGUGAUCUGCCCAGUGAGGGCUUCAGCUCCGAAGCUUCCCCUUCCAUGAUUCCCAUGCAGGAUGUGUCUGCAAGUGAUCUGCCGAGUGCAGGUUUCAGCUCAGAAGCUUCCCGUUCCAUGGUUAUUCAGGAUGUGUCUGCACGUGAUCUGCCGUGUGACGGUUUCAGCUCAGAAGCUUCCGUAACUCUUCAGGAUAUGUCUGCAAGUGAUGUGCCAAGUGGUGGUAUCAGCUCAGAAGCUUCCCGCCAAAUGGUUCUUCAGGAUGUGUCUGCAAGUGAUGUGCCAAGUGGCGGUAUCAGCUCAGAAGCUUCCCGUCCGAUGGUUCUGCAGGAUGUGUCUGCAAGAAUGGCUCUGCCGGGUGGCGAUUUCAGCUCAGAAGCUUCCUGUCCCAUGAUUCCAUUUGAUGUGUCUGCAAGUGCCAGAGCAGAUGAGAACAUCAGCACAACAGCCUCGGUUCCUCUGAUUGCAAGUGCUUGUGUGCCCAUGGAUGAUGUCAGGGCAGCAGCUGCAUAUGAGGAUACUCUGGUGAUGUUGCCCGCUGCACAUGUGCAUGAGUGUCAAGCCCCUGUGUUGAACAGCACUGCCCCAAGUGCCUCUGCAAAGUCCUUGCAGCGACGUGGGUCCUCCGUCUCCCCGGACCUGUCGGCGAAGAUUGCGCGAUUGCAGCUUUUGAAGGCACAAAUUGCUGAGAAGCGUGCGGCUCGGAUCGUGGCUGCCAAAGCAGUCCAGAUGAAUUCUGGGCGGCGAGGAGAUCUUGAUCCUUCCCAAGCCGACACGUUGCAGUUUGAUGGGACUCAAGUGGCCGAUGCCUUCGUCGAUGCCGAUGCGAAGCAGCUCCAGAUCGAGCAGAAGCCCUCGGCAGAGUUUUCAGUGGAGAACUUCCAGGAGGCCGACACAUUGCAGUUGGAUGGGACUCAAGUGGCCGAUGCCUUGACCACCGCCGAUGCAAAGCAGCUGUCGGAGAUCGAGCAAAAGCCCUCGGCAGAGUUUUCGGUGGAGAACUUCAAGGUGAGCUACAAAGGCCGUGGGCGUGGCAAAGGAGGACGUCCACGGGGUGCUGUUCUUAAGAAGCCUGCCGGUCGAGGCAAGGGGCGUGGCCGAGGUCGAGGUAGUGCCGAGGCCGACUUGCCUGCUUCAAAGAAGCGCAGGGUGGAGCACGCCGAGGAAGCGGAGCACUCGGGCGAGGAAGCGGAGCACGCCGAAGAAGCGGAGCACGCCGAAGAAGCGGAGCACGCCGAAGAAGCGGAGCACGCCAAGGAAGCGGAGCACGCCAAGGAAGCGGAGCACGCCAAGGAAGCGGAGCACGCCAAGGAAGCGGAGCACCCUGAGGAAGCGGAGCACGCCGAGGAAGCAGAGCACGCCGAAGAAGCGGAGCACGCCGAGAAAGUGGAGCAUGCCGAGAAAACGGACAAGAUCCAGGCGAAGAGGAAGCAAACAGCAGAUGCGACCCCAAAGGCUGCAACUGCUAAGAAGAAGGGCAAAGGAAAGGGGAAAGGAAAGAAUCCCAAGGCCAAAGCUUCACCGAAGACAGCUGAAGAGAAGCCGGACGCGACCCCGAAGAGUGCAGCCAAGAAAGCCUUGGAGAAGCCGACCCCGAAGAGUGCAGCGACGAAAGCCUCGGAGAAGCCAAAACCUUUCGCUCGCAGAUGGAGACCCGAAGGAACCCAAGCUGCGGCCGAGUGGACGGCUAUCAGAGAUGCGUAUGACAGCAGGAUUUGCCGACAUAUUCAUACAGCCGAAGGCCCAGCACAGUACGAGUUCUGGUCCCGAGUCAAGCCUCUCUUCGCGGACAAGAAUCUGGGCCCAGAGGAGCUGCUGCAUUUGGCAGUAAGCCAGGUGGAUCCAUUCUUGCGUGACUUCGUCGGGCAGUGA